AUGCUGUGGACAUUCGUCACCCUCAGUGUGGUCUUCAAUGGAGGGCGCACCUCACCAACCCAAAGUCCAACCCUCCUGUCAACUCAUGCCAUGACGGUAGAGGUACCAUGUACCUUCUCCAACGCUGAACGCAAAGCAAACUGCCUGGGCAGGCAGCUGGAGAGUGUCCCAUGGAGAUUCUUUCCAUCCACGCUGGAGGAAAUUGACCUAUCCUACAAUAAACUCCAAGCGAUCCGUUCAGAGGACUUUCAGCAGUUCCCUCGCCUGCGUGUUCUUAAGCUGUCGUAUAAUAACAUUUCGCACAUCGACAGUGACGCCUUCAGGAAAAACAACUUGCUAGAGCAUCUCAACAUUUUCAACAACUCCCUGAAUGAGAUUCCUGCCUCUGUGCUCACAUCUCUGUUAAACUUAAAGUAUCUUUACAUGUCUAACAACCUUUACAAACGCGCCACAUUAUCUCAAGGGUUCUCUGAACUGUCCAAGCUUCAGGUUCUCUCCAUGGGAGGACCACUGGUGGAGGGUCUGAAGGUGGAAGACUUUCACCCACUAAAGAACAUCAAGUUACAAGGUUUCGCUAUCAAAUGCUCCUCCAAUUUAAGUUACUAUGAACCUGGAAGUCUACGGAUUAUCCAAACUUAUCAGAUGGGCUUUGAUAUGGCAGUCGACCAGCGGCCCAGCGCUCUCCUUUACAUGCUGCAAGAUCUUGCAAACAAGACAUUCAGCGCCAUCCAGUUCCGCAACCUCUUCGAAUUCAUGUACUAUAAGGGGGAUAAAGACAUCUUCCAGGGCUUAGGGGAUAUCACUGCCUCCCAAUUAAUCUUCCAUAGAGGCAAGUUCAAUGAGAACCUCCUGAGAAUGGCCCUGACUAACUUGCAAGUCGCCCCCAUCAAGAGGGUCAGGUUCCAGUACAUUGACUUUGCACGAUCUCCAACAUUCACAGAUAAAGGUGCUGAAUCCAGCAUCACAAACCUAAAACUGGAAAACCUGGAUCUCUGGUACAUAAGCAAUCCUGACAUACUGCGUUUCGACUGGCGAUUCACAUGGUUUAACAAGAUCAAGCAGCUCUCUAUCCGUAACGUUUACUUCAACUCGGUUCCUUGCGACGCUUGGGUGGAAAUGGCCGGCGUGGAGAUGCUGGAUGUUGCCGACAACCGUCUCCAGGACGAAUACAUCUUCAACCAGCGCUGCGACUACAGGAGCUCCAUGCCCAACCUUCAGACCUUUAACUUGAGUAACAACGAGCUGGACAACUUGAGAGACAUAUCAGCGCUAACGAGACGGUUCAGCCGCCUGGAAGUGCUGGACAUCAGUCACAACAAACUAGGAGCCGCCGAUACUAGCAGAGGCUGCAUCUGGAACGGUAACAUCACCAGGAUCAUUGCUGACCACAAUCAGUUCACCGCAGAGGCCCUGGCUUGCCUGCCUACCAGCGUGCAAUUCCUAGACCUGUCUUCCUGCAACCUUGACCAGCUCAACAUUGCAUACUUUGAGAAGGCCCUUAACCUAAAGGAUCUUCUGCUGAGCGAUAACAAAAUCAAGUUCAUCCCGUCCAAAUGGGAGAGUCCAUCGCUGCUCAGGCUCUCUUUGGAUGGCAAUUCCUUUGGUGUCAUCAGCAAGAAAUCCUUCCAGCUCAUGCCAAAACUCUCACACUUGAGAGCUGGAAACAACCCAUACCACUGUACUUGCGAGCUUCACGCCUUCAUUGAGGACACCAAGACCAAAGGGUGGAUCAACCUGACAGACUGGCCUGAGAACUACAAGUGCUAUCACCCGGAGCCCUUUCUCAACACCGGCAUCUCCAAGUACCUCCCGAGCAAGGUGGCGUGCGAUGUCAGAUUGGUCAUUCUAAUUAGUGUUGCGACAACCACGGUGGUCAUCCUCAUCCUGAUGCUCCUCUGCUACAUUUUCGACCUACCGUGGUAUACCAAGGCCACUUACCAGAUUAUCAGGGCCAAAUACAGAGCACACAAGGAGCGAGCUGCAGGAGAAGCCGGACCCUUCGCCUAUCACGCCUUCAUUUCCUACAGCCACUGGGAUGCAGACUGGGUUAGGGAUCAGCUCCUGCCGUGUCUAGAGAACAACCGGAACCCUUACCGACUGUGCAUACACGAGAGGGAUUUUAUGCCGGGACGCUGGAUCAUCGACAACAUCAUCGAGAACAUAGAGAACAGUCACAAGGUGAUAUUCGUGCUGUCACAUCACUUUGUCAACAGCGAAUGGUGCAACUACGAGCUGUACUUUGCUCAGCAGCGAGCCAUGGGCAAGACAUUCAGCGACGUCAUCCUGGUGGUCAAGGAGCCCAUUGACCCGGGUUCAUUGCCCAGCAAAUACUGCAAGCUGAAGAAGAUGCUGAGCACCAAAACGUACCUGGAGUGGCCUCAGCAGGCCAACCAGCAGGCCUUCUUCUGGGCUCAGCUGAGGAGCGUCCUGGGUAAGCCCACUAGGAACAGCGUUCGGAGCAGGAAGUCGUCGGUGGGGGGGCGAUCGCUGGAGAACGGGGGGCCGGAAGUGCCCUUUCCUAACGGAGAAGCGGAAAACAUUCAUGACGGAGUAUUUAACAAAGGACAAAUCCCAUUGGUGGCAUGA